GGAAACCUAUGAUCCUCUCCUGCAGUCUGAACAAGAACUUAAUCCCAAAGUCCUGGCCUCUGUCUUUCUGCAAUGAGGAGGAAAAAAGGAAACGAGUGAACCAGAGAGACCUUCAGUAAUCCCGGUGUGAAGUAUUUCAGGGAUGGACUUGAGUACGGAGUGGAAUAAUUACCAUGUGAGAAGAAUGAUGGAAGACAGUGAUGAUGAAGAUGCAAAGCUUGAAGAAGAAAUAGAAGCUGAGUUGGAUAAAAUCAGCAUUUCCUCCUUGGAAAAAGAAGAGAAUGAGAGUGAUUCAAAGUCAGAAACCCAUAGUGAUGACACUGACAGUAGUGAAGAUGAAUUACCAGAGUCAGUUAUUCACUGUAUUAAUACCAUAAAGAACACAAGUAAAGCCGUUGAAGAGCUCAUUCUUCAGGAUUUAGAAGAUACUGAUGUCUUAAGCCAUAGUUAUGAAGCAGUUUCUAAUAAUCAUAUGCACCUGAGGAUAGGAUUAUUAACUGAAUGUAAAGAAAAUCCAGAGCAGUUAUUGAAGAUAUUAUCAGGAAUGGAGAAAGAAGAUUUUAUGAGAAGUGAAACCCACUGUGCCAGUCCUGGUUCUCCUCCUGAGCCUGAUCUUCAGGAUUUUCCCAUUGAUGAAUAUGUUUUAUCAGAUGACAUGGAUAUAAACUUUGGAUAUUUUGAAGUGGAAGAAAAAUGUAGGCAGUCUUUUGAAGCUUGGCAAGACAGGCAGAAAGAGCUAGAAGACAAAGACAAAGAAACUCUCAAAGCACAGAGGGAUAGAGAAGAAAAGCAGUUUCAAGAAGAAGAAGAAAAGAGAGAUUGCUGGAUGAAACAAUUUGUAAUUGAAAAGCAAAAGAUAGAGAAUCUUCAAAAAUCUGAGCCCACCUGCGCUUCCCAGUGUACUAAAGCCCAGCAGUUCCCAUGCUUUUGCUCCCACCUCCUCUGCAGAUACCCUGUGAAUCUUAGCAACUCAAACAGAAGGAGAGACAUCACAACUCCUCUUUUAAGAAAGCAUUGGGGGGUUUGCCUGUAA